AUGUGUGCUCUGCCCCCCACUGUUCGCUCAACUCUGCGGAUUGCAAUUCGCUCACUGGAGACGUGCUUUCGUGCAGCCCGUGCGACACCAGUUGGUGGGGAUCUCUUUGUCGUUAUCAGUGCUCUCUUUGUCGUUAUCAGUGCUCUUUUGCGCACUGUCCGCUUGGAUCAGCCACUUGCAACAUCGUCACGGGGUCCGUCAUCUCGUGCAAUGCCUGUGAGACUGGAUGGUGGGGUACCAGGUGCGAGAAACAAUGCUCUUCGAUUCACUGUCCAGUUGGUUCUGUACGCUGCGAUGCAACUAGCGGGGUCCCGUCCUCGUGUAGCUCUUGUGACAAUGGAUGGUUGGGAACGACUUGUCAGAAUCAAUGCUCUUCGCCUCACUGCCCAACAGGAUCCGUUAGCUGCGACUCGGUUAGUGGCGAAGCGAUUUCGUGUAGUGCCUGCAACUCUGGCUGGUGGGGGACGACUUGCCAGAACCAGUGCUAUUCACCACACUGCACCGCUGGAUCAGUAA